AUGGAGGUUACUUGUACCUUGGUGCAACAGCUGGCCAAGCCAGGUUGUACGAUUAUUGUGUUCCUGCCGGGAAUUGCAGACAUCACCCAGCUCUUCGAGUCCUUGGCGCCUUUGGACGAUGUGCGCUCCUUCGGACGGCCCGGCGUCGUGCGACGACCUGACUGCCCCAGGCUUCGGAUCUUCGCCUUGCACUCCAUGGUUCCUCGACAGGAACAGGAGGAAGUCUUCAACGAAGUGCCCAAGGACAGAGGCCACGUGGUGCUCGCCAGCAACAUUGCUGAAAGCUCUUUGACUUUGCCAAGUGUAUGUGCAGUUGUGGAUCUGGCUCUCAGACGGACCGUGCAGUACGACACCCGUCGGCUCAUGUGCUGCUUGGUGACCACCUGGUGCUCCCAGAGUUCUUGCAAGCAGCGGCGAGGCCGUGCAGGACGGACAAUGCCGGGUCGUGCCCUGUGCCUCGUUCCUCGGCGCUACUUUGAGUCAGAACUGCCUGCAUUCGACCCUCCCGAGAUGCUGAACGCACCUUUGACGAAGCUCUAUUUGCAGGCAAAGCAGCUCUGUUCGACUUUGUCUCGAGUUUCAGAUCGGGUUCAAUUGCCGCCUGACGUCAACAUGGACAUCUCCUCUCCGAAGGCAUUGCUGAACGAGGUUGUGCAGCCACCCUCGCUCAGCUUGCUCGACGCGGCCAUCCAAGAGCUGUCUGCGGUGGGCUGCCUGACAAUGCCAACGGAGGAGGCGGAGAUCACACCGCUUGGGCAGAUUGCCGUUGCACUGCCCUGCGAUCUUCGCAUUUGUCGGCUCCUGUUUCUUGGCUGCUUGUUCGGAUGCCCAACGGAUGCCCUGGCCAUGGCCGCCGGGCUCACGGGGCCGGAUCCCUUCAGCACCCCGUCGCUUCUGGUCCUCAAGGACCAGAAAGAGUACGUGCAGAAGUUGGAGCGAUCCUUCGCUUCACGGCGAUGGUGCGAUCACGGGACGUUCUCUGAGCCGAUUAUGAUGCAUUCACUUUUCAAGGAGUGGAUUCGUGCGGGUGCACCUCGAGGUGCCAAGGCACUUGGCUCAUUCGUUCGAGAUUGGUCCAUCAUUCCAAAGAAGUUUGAAUCGCUCACGGCAGAUGCGACCGAGCUGACCGUCCGGUUCUUGAAGCUUCUGAAGACCGGGCGGCCUCGCAACAAUCUGGAGGAGCUCCUCAGUGCCAUGCACCACAAAGUGGACAAGGGAGAUGACCUCCUCCGGACGUCGGGCUGGGGAAACCCAGAGCGAAUAUUCAGCAGUGACGUCGACAAGCUGCGCUGCUUGCUAGCUAUGGCUUUCAGCGACCAGAUGCUCUUGCACCUGAAUCCACGCUGGGCUCCAUCUUCUGGUGGCAAGAAGCGCUUGGAAGAGCAGCUGCUGGAUUUGAUGUACAAGUACGAGUGCGAUCCGCACAACACGGUCGGAAUCUUUGUCCCAGCUGGACACGACGAGGAGGGUGUCAAGGAGCUCUGUGAGGAGAUGUGCGGCGAGGAGCCUGAGAUGGUGAUCAUCGACGAGAAGGCCAAGAUGGCACUUGCAGGCUUUGCUCACAGCACCGAGAAGGAAGCCUUGGACCAUGAAGCAGUGCUCUUGUGGGACGUGCCGUCGUCAAUUCACAGAUUGCACAUGUUCGGGUCAGGUCGGUACCGCUUUUUCGUGGAGCGACCGAAGUCAGAGGAGCCUCCGGUGGAGAUUUUCAAGCCUGUGCAUCCCUUUAUGCUGCAAUGGGAUGUUCUGACACAUCCGGGUGGUGGUAAGAAGAAACCGCCGACUGUCAAGGGCAUGUGCGACUGGCGCAACCCUAUGGGUUUUGCUUGCCAUGUGGACGACUCGAAACCCCCCGCUGAGUUCGUCGGAUGCUGUGCUUCGAUUCAAGGUCUGGAGGGAGGAGCCCAGGCAUUUGUCUCUGGAGCUUCUGUGCUGCCGAUGAGAUUCCUGCCAGCGCUUCUGAGCACUCUGUGCCCAGAGCGCUGGUGUGUUGCCUGGGGCGUUGACGCUGGCUCUAGCGAGGUGCGGGGCGUGCGCAUUCUGCACCACGAGUUGGUCAACCUUCCGAAGAACACUCUUGCGCCACCGGUUCUGGAGGCGGUGAACGCACUGCGCACGGGCCUUCGAGAGGCAUUGUACCCAGCUUCUUGGUGGGCGUGGGAUGAUUGGGGCGGCGACAGCAGAGGGCGGAACCAUCGAGGUCGACACGAAGACCGUGAUGGCGAGUUGCUGGAUCUACCGGACCUCAGCCAACUCUUGAGGGAGCUCAUUGAGGUAAUGCCUGAUCCUGAGAGCUCCGGUGUCCAGCGACCCAAGAAGAUGAAGUGGCCGCCAGCGACGACCUUCUCACAGGACUGGGAGGAGGAGGACGAGUGCUUCCUGAGAACCUUGCAACCCCUGGCCGAGCGGGAGGACUUGCGGUGGGGACACGCCGAGACAGGCGGCAAGGACACUAAUUUUCCAGAGCUCGUGGAGCAUCUUGCAAAGAACGGAGAGUGUGCGAUGAGUUCGCUGCCAAGCAAGAUUCGAAAAACGAAGAAGCAGUUGCAAAAGCGGCCGGACCUGUUUGUCAUUCGCCCUACGAAGAAGGAUUGCUUCGUUCGUCUGGCAGGUACGGCGAGUACCGAGGUGGCCACUUCCAAUGCGAAGACCAAGCCCCAGAAAGGAGCCGGGGGGCGAGAGCGACCUUUGGUCGACGCGCUUGUCAGGGUCUUGACGGGUCGCGGCGCUGUGGGUCUUGGAGAACUUGGAUCCCAGGAGUCUUUGAAGAAGCUUCUGAAGAAGCAGCAACCUGAUCUACAGAAAAUCCGGCAAUUCGUCACGGCUUUUCCUGGCGUCUUCCACUUGGGAAUGGAUGCAUCUGGACAAGUUGCGGUCACCCUAAGUGGCGAUGGGGUGCGCAGUCUGCCCUUGGUGAAGAGUGCAAAAGGAGGCAAAAGCGGAAAAGGCGGCAAGCGAUCGGCUUCAGGAGCAAAGCACAAAGGCUCCAACCCUUCCGUGCUGACUGAGCAUAUAUCCUCGCUGUGUGGUUCUUCGCCUGCCACCGCGGCUGAUUUCGACGGGCGUGUCAAGGCUCUUCUUCUCGACGUGCAGGACAAACAAGGCGCCGAAGCCUUGGACGAGUGCUUUGACAACUUGCACGAAUGGCUGAGCAAGAAGGGAGACCGGAGCUCCAUCGGAAAUUGGCCGGCCUACAUAACGAAGCUGGUGGUCAACUGGAAGGACAGGAUGCAAUGA